UGCAUUUCUGAAGUUUGUUGCGUCCGAAUGUAACACCUAAUAUCUUAGGGUUAUCCUCCUUGCAGAGAAAAAGCGAGAAAGGUCGGAGAGAUAGCCGUUUACUUUUGAGCAUAUGCCAAAAUCUGGGCGUUUAUGGCGCUAAGUACUGUGGUGGUGCUGUGCACUUUUCGGAAACCAUGCUGGCGGUCGGUCAAUUUAAUAUACCAAAAUUAUUUUUUAACAUAUUUGUUUCAAAAACUCGAUUUAUUUCGAAUAAGUUCAUUCACUCGCGAUUUAUUAAUCAUCAAUAUGGAUCACGAUCCAAAUAUCACAAUAAAUGUUGAACCUGUGACAGGCGUCAAUGAGGUAGACCUCUAUUGAUAAACGACUAUCCUAUUUUAAUAAACUGAUGUGGCAACAGUAAUACAUGAACUUGGUUGCUUUUGCCGUGUCAUCAUACGGCCUAAAAUCAGAAAACUUAAAUAUAAGUUAGAUUUACAAAAAGUUGUCGGUAUUAGCAAGUAUAAUUAUCAUAUAAAAAUAAUUGCAUAAAAUGGAACCUUUAGUGGUCAACCAGCCUGUUGUCAUUGACAAUGGCUCUGGAGUUAUAAAAGCUGGUUUUGCUGGGGAGCAUAUUCCAAAGUGUCGGUUUCCAAACUAUAUUGGACGGCCUAAGCAUGUUCGGGUCAUGGCUGGAGCUCUUGAAGGAAAGAUUUUCGUUGGCCCCAAAGCGGAAGAGCAUCGAGGCCUACUUAGUAUACGUUACCCAAUGGAACAUGGUAUUGUUACAGAUUGGAACGACAUGGAACGAAUUUGGAAUUACAUUUAUAGUAAGGAACAAUUAACUACAUUUCCUGAAGAUCAUCCCGUUUUAUUAACGGAAGCACCAUUAAACCCGAGGAAAAAUCGUGAAAAGGCUGCUGAAUUUUUCUUUGAAGGAAUAAACGUACCCGCCCUUUUUGUAUCAAUGCAAGCUGUCCUCAGUCUUUAUGCUACAGGUCGUGUAACGGGAGUUGUGCUUGACUCUGGUGAUGGUGUUACACACGCUGUUCCUAUUUACGAAGGAUUCGCGAUGCCCCAUAGUAUUAUGCGUGUUGAUAUUGCUGGACGAGAUGUUACACGUUAUCUAAAGACUCUAAUUAGAAAAGAAGGUUUUAAUUUUCGAACUACAGCAGAAUUCGAAAUUGUGCGAUCAAUUAAGGAGAAACUUUGUUAUUUGGCGACUAAUCCCCAAAAAGAGGAGAGUGGAGAAACUGAAAAAAUUUCUUAUAUAUUACCUGACGGCAAAACUCUGGAGGUUGGUCAAGCAAGGUUUAGGGCACCUGAAGUGCUGUUUCGGCCAGACUUACUUGGUGAAGAAUGUGAAGGCAUUCACGAUGUACUCAUGUAUGCUAUUGAAAAGUCGGAUAUGGAUCUCAGAAAAAUGUUGUAUCAAAAUAUCGUACUAUCGGGAGGCUCAACACUAUUUAAGGGCUUUGGUGAUCGUCUAUUGUCUGAAUUAAGAAAACACUCGGCAAAGGACCUAAAAAUUAGAAUAGCGGCACCUCAAGAACGUCUGUAUUCCACAUGGAUGGGCGGCUCCAUUUUAGCAUCACUAGAUACAUUUAAGAAAAUGUGGAUAUCAAAACGAGAGUAUGAAGAAGAAGGACAGCGAGCCGUACAUAGAAAGACAUUUUGAAUAAUUAACUAAAUAUAGUGUGUGUACUUAUAACCAUAAGUCAAUGCUUUGAAUUCAAAAUUGAAUGCAAAUCAUUGUAUCGUAUGACUGCAGAGUUAAGAACAAAAGGAAAACCAUCUACACAAGUUCUGUGAAAAUUAAAUAUUUAAAAUACUCUAAAUAUAAUACAUUGAAAAUGAUACAUAAUUUAUAAUCAUCGCUUAAUUGUAUUACACUUACGCAAAGGGCUUACAAAACGUGUAAAUCAAAUAUAAAACCAGUAUAAACAAUUAA